UCUCCAGAGCAAAGCGUUGCCGUAAGCGUUGGAUAAAGCCUUUGCACCAAGAAAAUCUCACGUGCAAGAGGGAGGCUUUAAAGUGGAAAAUGCUUCACAGCCGUCGUCCUCUGUCAAGCGCUGACGGUACUUUGCGGUGGUCCAAUGAUGAAAAUUCCGUUGCGCAAAAACCAAUUGUCGGAAUGGACGCUUCGAGUAAAACUCCCGCACCUUCUAAGGCUCGUCGAGCCUUUGGCGAUAUUUCCAAUCGAAAGAAAGCAGGCGGGGGAAAGGUGAUUGCUCUCGCCAAGCUUUCGACCGUUGCUUCGCAAACAAACGGGGGGAAAGUGCAGAGUGUUCCAGAGACACCAUUACAGAAGCGGGUUAUAAAAGAUUCACCAGCGACGAAACGACGGGUUGAUUUUGCGCUACCCUCAUCCGUUCACAAGAAUUUGCAAUUGACCCAACCAAAAGCUCUGACGGACAGCCAUGAUCUCAGAGGAGCAGAUUUUGAGUAUUCCUCGACCGACGACAUCGAGCAUCCAGCUGGGCGUCUUUGGAAAGACGAGCAGGCUUUGCUGGACGACGAUUCUACCACUGCUUCAAUGGACGAAUUACUAAACGAUGCUACUAGUGUAUGGACGACUUUUAAAGAUCAAGAACGUGUGCUUCUGCAGAGAGCUAAGGAGGAACAAGAGCACGCUCUCCUCUUUCUCGACCAACAGUUCCAAGAUAUGCUACAUGAGAGUGUAAAGCUCAGCUCACCCAACGGGAGCCUGUAUGACGCUGCUGAGCUAUUGGACAUGAAAAUUGUCGAAAGUGAUGACGACUUCUCGUGCUCACAAACGCGCGUUCUCAAUCUAUCGUUUUGA